CCUCCCGCUGCCCCAGCUCUGGGCUCUGCUAAAGCUGCCCAAAGUCGGCGGCAGCUGAGCAGUUUGGAAGUGCGAGUCAUGGCCACCACAGCUUCGGCUCACUACAUCCCCAGGAAUAACUCGCUCCACUCCAACUCGUUGGUGCACCCGGACUCGGACAGGAUGCAUCCAGGGACAACCUACCGGGAGGUGCAGAAGAUGGUGCAGAGUGACUACCUGCACGGCCUGAGCGGCAGCGGGCACCCCAUCUCCCACAGCCACCAGUGGCUGUCCUCGGUGACGGACGGCGCGCCCUGGGUCACCGCCUCCCACCUGGGGCAGCCGGAUCCCGGCAAGGCCAGCGUGCAGGCGCCGCCGAGGGACGACCUGGGCAACGGGCUGCACCACCGAGCGCACCACAUGGUGCACCAGCAGAGCCACGGCAGCCACCCCGGGGCGGCGUGGGGGCCGGCGGCUCCUCCGCCACCGCCACCGCCGCCGCCGCCGCCGCCUCCCAUCCCCGGGAUGCCUCCUUCGUCCAACGGGCACCAGCCGCUCAUCUACUCGCAGCCGGGCUUCAGCAGCCUCAACGGCAUGCUGAGCCCGGCCACGCCGAGCCUCCACCACGGCCUGACGGACGCUCUCCACGAGGACCCGGGCGGUCACGACGGCCACCCGGAGCACCCCGCGCCGCACCACCCGGAGCACUCGGACGAGGACGCCCCCACCUCGGAUGACUUGGAGCACUUUGCAAAGCAGUUCAAACAAAGGCGGAUCAAGCUGGGCUUCACCCAGGCGGACGUGGGCUUAGCCCUGGGCACUCUGUACGGCAACGUCUUCUCUCAGACCACCAUCUGCAGGUUCGAAGCCCUGCAGCUCAGCUUCAAGAACAUGUGCAAACUGAAGCCGCUGCUGAACAAGUGGCUGGAGGAGACCGACUCGACCUCAGGGAGCCCCACCAGCAUAGACAAGAUCGCCGCGCAGGGACGGAAGAGGAAGAAGCGGACGUCUAUAGAGAUUGGGGUGAAAGGGGCGUUGGAGAACCACUUCUUAAAGUGCCCCAAGCCCUCCGCUCAUGAGAUCAGCAGCUUGGCUGACAGCCUGCAGUUGGAAAAAGAGGUGGUCAGAGUUUGGUUUUGUAACAGAAGACAGAAGGAAAAGCGAAUGACCCCGGCCGGAAUCCCCGGCCACCCAGGUAUGGAGGAUGUAUAUUCACAAAGGGACACUCCGCCGCUUCAUCACACACUUCAGACCCCUGUCCAAUGACUGCUCCACACACUCCACACCCCCACUAAGAAAACAAAAGACUAAGAAAAAGACACAAACUGGAUUUUACAAAGCAAAAAAAAAACUGACUGAAAAAGGGAUCUAGCCAGUGCCGCAGUAAUUGUUUUGAGUGAGCACUGGACUGUAUUCAUACUUAGGAGAGACAGAAACAAAAACACAUUUCAUGCAUUUGAUGUGGCAAAUCGAGUGGUUAUCUCCCCUACUGUAGAACAAAGAUUUUUUUUCGUAGCUUAAAGACACGCAUAAGUUGUAAGAGAAAAGAAAAUACCUGUUCGUGGCUGAAUUAUUUCAGGGGCAUUCUGAAAAGCAGCGGCUUUUCCAAACUGGGUGAGAAUGAGUUCAGUUUAAACAGAAAGUGAAAUGGUCAUCGAAGUGUUCGCCUUCAGCCGCCGCUGUGUUAAAUAAGGGAGUCUGGUGGUGGGGGGAAGCUUAUGAUGUGGUCAAAGAUUUCAUAGUAUCCCUACAGUGUGGGGGACAGGCCCUUCGGGCCAACAAGUCCACACAGACUCUCCGAAGAGUAGCCCACCCAAAUCCCUACAUUUACCUCUGAAUCCAUCCCUGGGGCAAUUUAAUUUAGUAUGGCCAAUUCACGUAACCUGCAACACCUUUGGAUUGUGAGAGGAAAUCCACGCAAACUGUAUACAG